AUGCCAUUUUUGUGCCAUGCUCCAUGCGUCGCCGGCGCUUUGCGGCUGCCAUGCCGCGUUGCUGCUCCUCCCAGCAGCGCCCUCGCGCCUCGCGCGCUGCUCUGCUGCUCCGCUAGCUGCUGCCCGCAGCUGCUCCGGCCCCGUCGCCGCUCCGGCGCAGGCGCCCCCGCGUCGCCUCCGGCCGCUCCCCCGAGCCCCUCCUGCACGCAUCUCCGCCCAUGGGCUAGCUGCCCCCAUCGCUGUGCUGCUGCACUCACGCGCGCGAGGCCCGUACCCGGCCGGCAGGACGACUACACCGCCUGUUCCCCGGGGCCGCAUCCUCCCGCCCGUCGCCGGCCCCGCGCGGCCCCGUCCGGCUCCGCCUCGCUGCUGGCCCUGGCCGGAUUCUGCCGCGCCUGGCGGCCCCCGCAAGCGUGGCUCCGCCUGCGCCCGUCUUGCGCGCCGGCUUCCGCCACCCAGCCGGCCGGUUUAGCCCGCGCCGACUUCUGCCAUCCGGCCUGCUGGCCUCCCACGCCACGCCGCCUGCGCCUUGCCGCUCCAGCCGGCUCCGACUCGCGCCGCGCCGGCUGCCGCCCCGCCGCGCCGGCUGCCGCCCCGCCGCGCCAGUCGACCCGUGCUGACCACCGACUCCGGAUCCGGCUACGCCGGCUGCCGCCGCACCGGGCCGACUCCGCCCGUGUCCGCCUGCUCGCCGCUGCAGCCGGCCCCGGCCGCAUCCCUGCUGCUGCCGGCUCCGCGCCGUCCUGCCACCGCCUUCGCCGCCCCGCGGCUCCGCGACCCCGCGCCUGCGUCGGUCCGCCCGUGGCCGCCUGCCCCGCGCGCCUCCUCUACAGCCGCGCCCCGCCCGCCGGCUUCCCCAGCCGACUGGUGCCACGCAUGGCCCGGCCGGCUCCCGCGCUGGCCGACUCCCCGGCCACCCGGCCGGCCCGGCUGCCUGCCGACUACGUGCUCCCGCGCCGCCUUCCGCCGCUCGGCAACUGCGGCCGGCUGCUCGUGCUGGAAGGGGCCGGCUGCCCAAAAGAAAAAAGAAACGCUCCUCGCAGUGGCGAUGAGCUGACGCUUGAAGCGUUCUUGUUCGAGGGGUUCCUCUGGCAUGAUGAAAUCUUCAUUGCCAAGGCUAACAUCUUCUUCAAAGAUAGGUAA